CCUUACCAUACACACACACACACGCAUACACAUCCAGACACACACAGUUGACUUUCGUUCAAAUGGCGACAACGCGCAGACUUCGGUGGAGAACAGGAGACUAAAGAAAAAGGAGGCAGGAAAAAACAAGAUUCAGGUUCUUCAUAUUGUUCAGAACCUGUGGGAUGUGACCCCUCUUCCGCUUUCUCCCCAGUCCACGAGGAAAACGCCUCGGAAACUGCAGCGAUACAACCGACGAGUUUCCACCCGGAAACAGAUGCACAUCGGAGCAGAGACUGCAGCCACCUACACCUCAGCUGAGAAGAUCCAGUGGUUGGCGUAACCAGGAUGGGGAACAGCAGCAGUGACAGGUCCAGCGGGGGUCAGGGUGAAAGGUCAGACAGAGAUGGAGCGCAGGGAGGAAAGGAGGCACGUCCUAACAUCCUGAUGGACAGCAUAGAGGACUCAGAUCUGUUCCAGAGGGAAGACUCAAAGGCUCCGCAGGAAAUACAAGAGUUUCUGGCCUGGCAGCAGGACCUGGAGAGCGACAGCAAAAGUCCAACGCAGGACAGGCCCACUGUGUUCAGGUGGUCGGGGGUCGCCAAGGAAGUCUUUGUGUCCGGCUCGUUUAACAACUGGGCCACCAAGAUCCCACUCAACAGAAGCCAGAAGAACUUUGUGGCGAUCGUGGACCUGCCGGAGGGAGAGCACCAGUACAAGUUCUGUGUGGACGGUCAGUGGACUCUGGAUCCGACAGGGGCUGUGAUGACGGCUAAAACUGGAACAGUCAAUAACGUUAUCCAGGUGAAGAGAACUGACUUUGAAGUUUUUGACGCCCUCAGGAUUGACUCAGAGGACUCUGUUGACAUUUCAGACUUGUCCAGUUCCCCGCCCGGUCCCUACCAACAGGACGCAUAUGUGAUCAAGUCAGAGGACAAGAUCAAACACCCUCCUAUCUUACCUCCACACCUGUUGCAAGUGCUGCUCAACAAGGACACAGUGAUCUCUUGUGACCCAACGCUACUUCCAGAGCCCAACCAUGUGAUGCUCAAUCACCUGUACGCCCUCUCCAUCAAGGACGGGGUGAUGGUUCUCAGUGCAACACACAGAUACCAAAAGAAGUACGUGACAACUCUUCUGUACAAGCCAAUAUAACCCACAGAGCCAUGAUCCAGCCUUGUGUGUUGGACCAAUCAUUUGUGUGCUUUUUUACACAGCUGCUACUGUGACUGUUUUCUUCAUAGUGAACCUAAAUGUCUUCCUGAUUUCAUUUUAAACACCCCUUAAUAUUUUGAAAAUGUGGUGCAUAUUGUAGAAACUGCAGCCAAAUGCUUCUAUCUUUAAGAAGAUUUUGUGUCAAACAGAAGAAGAAUCAAA